CAGGCCGCCCGUUCCCACAGCCGCCGAGCAGAGCGCCGCUGCCAUGGCGCUGGCGAGGCCUCGGACCAGGGACCCCAGGCCCCCGGCCGCCCUCCUGCUGCUGCUGCUGCUGCUGCUGCCCUGGGCCCCCGCCCUUGCCCUCCUGGCGGGAACGCUGCCUUCAGAGCCCCCGAGUGCCUGUGCCUCUAGCCCGUGUCCUCCAGGGACAGCAUGCCAAGCUACAGAGAGUGGUGGCUACAUCUGUGGGCCCACAGAAUCCCGGGGCUGUGCCACCCAGCCAUGCCACCACGGUGCUCUGUGUGUGCCCCAGGGUCCAGAUCCCAAUGGCUUCCGCUGCUACUGUGUGCCUGGCUUCCAGGGCCCACGCUGUGAGCUGGACAUCGAUGAGUGUGCAUCCCGGCCCUGCUACCACGGGGCCACCUGCCGCAACCUGGCUGAUCACUACGAGUGCCACUGCCCCCUCGGCUACACAGGCGUGACCUGCGAGGUCGAGGUGGACGAGUGCGCCUCGGCGCCCUGCCUGCACGGGGGCUCGUGCCUGGACGGCGUGGGCUCCUACCGCUGCGUGUGCGCGCCGGGCUACGGAGGCGCCAGCUGCCAGCUGGACCUCGACGAGUGCCAGAGCCAGCCGUGCGAGCACGGGGGAGUGUGCCAAGAUCUGGUCAACGGGUUCCGGUGCGACUGCGCAGACACGGGCUACGAGGGCGCUCGCUGCGAGCAGGAGGUGCUGGAGUGCGCCUCCGCGCCCUGCGCGCACAACGCGUCCUGCCUAGAGGGCCUCGGGAGCUUCCGCUGCCUCUGCUGGCCAGGCUACACCGGCGAGUGGUGCGAGGUGGACGAGGACGAGUGUGCAGCGGCGCCCUGUCAGCACGGCGGCCAGUGCCUGCAGCGCUCCGACCCGGCGCUCUACGGGGGCGACCAGGCCGCUUUCCCCGGCGCUUUCAGCUUCCGCGAUGCUGCCGGCUUCCUGUGCCGCUGUCCGCCGGGCUUUGAGGGGGACGACUGUGGUAUAGACGUGGAUGAGUGUGCCUCCCGGCCAUGUCUCAACGGAGGACGCUGCCAGGACCUGCCCCAUGGCUUCCACUGCCAGUGCCCGGAUGGCUACACAGGCUUGACGUGUCAGGAGGACGUGGAUGAAUGCCUGUUGGAGCCCUGCCUCCAUGGUGGGACCUGUGAUGACACGGUGGCAGGCUACAUCUGCCAGUGCCCAGAGGCCUGGGGUGGGCAUGAUUGCUCUGUGCAGCUUACCGGCUGCCAGGGCCACAGCUGCCCACUGGCUGCAACCUGCAUACCCAUCUUUGAAUCUGGGGUCCACAGUUAUGCCUGCCGCUGUCCACCUGGUACACAUGGACCGUUCUGUGGCCAGAAUACCACCUUCUCCGUGGUGGUAGGGAGCCCUGUGUGGGCAUCGGUGCCAGCUGGUGGCCCCCUGGGUCUGGCGCUGUGGUUUCGCACCACGCUGCCUGCUGGGGCCUUGGCCACUCGCACUGACACGCAGGAUCGCUUGGAGCUGUCAUUGGCAGGGACUGUGCUUCAGUCCACACUCUGGAGCCAUGGCUCUACCGUGCUCACCCUGAGGCUGCCGGGCCUGGCUCUAAAUGAUGGCCGCUGGCACCGGGUGGAGGUGGCGCUCCACCUAGGGACCCUGGAACUGCGGCUGUGGCACGAGGGCUGCCCUGCCCAGCUCUGUGUGGCCUCUGGUCCUGUGCUCCCAGCUCCCACGGCUUCCACGUCCGCACUGCCUUCUGGGGUCUGCUCCGUCCAGCUGGGUGGCACAGCCUUUUCGGGCUGCCUUCAGGAUGUGCACGUGGAUGGGCACCUGCUGCUGCCUGGGGAUCUUGGCCAGAAUGUCCUCCCAGGCUGUGAGCACCAUGAGCAUUGCCAGCCUCUGCCUUGUGCCCAUGGAGGGGUCUGCUUCGACCUAUGGACUCACUUCCGUUGCGACUGCCCCCGGCCCUAUAGUGGCCCCACGUGCAGUGAUGAGGUACCUGCUGCCACCUUUGGUCUGGGGGGCACCCUGAGCUCUGCCUCCUUCUUGCUCCACGAGCUGCCAGGCCCCAACCUCACCGUGUCUUUCCUUCUCCGCACGCGGGAGCCCUCUGGCCUGCUGCUCCAGCUUGCCAACACCUCGGCAUCUGGCCUGACAGUAUUCCUGAGUGAGGGCCAGAUCUGGGCUGAGGUGCUGGGCAGUCCUACUCUGGUGCUCCCUGGGCGCUGGGAUGAUGGGCUCCGCCACCUGGUGACGCUUAGCUUCGGGCCUGACCAGCUUCAGGGCCUGGGGCAGCAGGUGCAUGUGGGUGGGCGGCUCCUCCCUGCCGAGGCCCAGCCCUGGGGUGGGUCCUUCCGUGGCUGCCUCCAGGACCUGCGACUCAACAGCCUCCACCUCCCUUUCUUCCCCUUACCACCGGGGAACUCGAGUGAGCCUAGCAAGCUGGGUGGCAGGCAGACCUGGAAUCUCACCAUGGGCUGUGUCUCUGAAGACAUGUGCAGUCCCGACCCCUGUCUCAACGGUGGGACAUGUCUUGUCACCUGGAAUGACUUCCACUGCACCUGCCCUGCCAACUUCACAGGGUCCACGUGUGCCCAGCAACUGUGGUGCUCCAGCCAGCCCUGCCUCCCUCCUGCCACCUGUGAGGAGGUCCCUGAUGGCUUCAUCUGUGUGGCCCAGGCCACGUUCCGCGAGGGCCCCCCAGCCGAGUUCAGCGGUCGCAACGUGUCGGCGGCUCGCAAGCUUGGGGACCUCUCUCUUGCCUUCCGUACGCGCGACGCGGAGGCCGGGCUUCUGCGCGCCGCGGCGGGCGCUCAUGCCACGGUCUGGCUGGCAGUGCGGAACGGCUCGCUGGAGGCGGGGGUGCGCAGCGGCCGCGGCCUUCCUGGCGCCGUGCUGCCCGCACCCGGGCCACGCGUGGCGGACGGCUCCUGGCACCGCGUGAGCCUGGCCAUGGAGCGCCCGGCGGACGCCGCGUCUCGCUGGCUGCUGCGGCUGGACGGCGCGGCGACGCCCUUGGCGCUGCGCGGCCUGGCGGGCGACCUGGGCUUCUUGCGCGGCCCGGGUGCCGCGCGCGUCCUGCUGGCCGAGAACUUCACGGGCUGCCUGGGCCGCGUGGCUCUCGGUGUCCUCCCGCUGCCCCUGGCGAGCCCGCGGCCAGGCGCGGUGUCUGGUUCCGGAGAGCGCUUCGCAGCUUGGCCGGGAGCGCCAGCUCCGAGCCUUGGCUGCCGCGGCGCGCCCGUGUGUGUCCCCACGCCCUGCCUGCAUGGCGGUUCCUGCCGCGACCUGUUCGACGCCUUCUCCUGCGCCUGCGGCCCGGACUGGGAGGGCCCACACUGCGAGGCCCGCGCCGACCCGUGUCGUUCAGCGCCCUGCUCCCGCGGCCGCUGCUAUGCUCGCUCUGACGGCAGCUUUGAGUGCCGCUGUCCACCCGGCUUCGUGGGUCCGCGCUGCAGGUUACCUGUCCUGCUGGAGGAGUGUGGCCAGAACUUCACCUGCCUCAACGGAGGCCGAUGUGAGGUUGGGCCCUGGGGCGCCAACUGCAGCUGCCAGGGGGGCUUUGUAGGCCGAAGGUGUCAGAUCCCUACCUUCCCCUGUGAGGCCAACCCCUGCUUGAACGGGGGAACCUGCCGGGCAGCUGGUGGGGCCUAUGAGUGUAUCUGCAGCACCAGCUUCUCCGGCCAGUUCUGUGAAGUGGUGAAGGGCCUGCCCCUGCCGCUGCCGUUCCCACUGCUGGAGGUGGCGGUGCCAGCAGCUUGUGCCUGCCUCCUCCUCCUCCUCCUGGGCCUCCUCUCAGGGGUCCUGGCAGCCAGAAAGCGCCGCCAGUCCGAAGGAACCUAUAGCCCGAGCCAGCAGGAGGUGGCUGGGGCCCGUCUGGAGAUGGACAGUGUUCUCAAGGUGCCACCUGAGGAGAGACUCAUCUAGGCUUGGCCUGGCUGCUGGCUCCAGCACCUGAGGGGUCCUCAACUGGCAAUUUCUACCUGGAGACCCAAGGAAGCCAUUUCCAGGAAACUGCAAGGAAGUGGCUCAUCAACUGUAGGCCUUGGAGAGCUGCUGUAGGGCCCAGGAUGCCCACUGAAGAAGUGUCCCCUUUGCUGGUGCUUCUGCCUCACCAUGGACUGAGGAAAAGGGGGAGCAACUCAGGGAAGCAGUGAGGGGCCUGGGAGGUUGUGGACAUCUCCAUCUGGCCUGCUGGGUUUUGCCCCAGUAUGCCCUGGAGGGACACCUGUGGGCCUGCAUACGGUGUUUUCAGAAGUGUGUGUGAGCACCCACCUGGGAUGGGCGUGUCUGCAGAUGUGUUGGCCCGCAGAUACCAGUAGGAGUGCCCUGGACAGGGCUUGUGGGUAUGCUCCAUCUUUCAUAGGGUGUGUGUGUGACUGUGUAGUGGGCAUAGGCAAUCCCAUGGAGGAGGACACCUUGGGGACAACCUCACAACCCUGGGUUAUGGGAACUGGUGAUCCAAGGCUGCACAUUCUCAGGAGGCUGGGCCAGGGCUUGCCCAAGGAUGAAGGCUCCAGCUUACCACCUCCAGAUACUGCCCCUGCCCUGGAGGCAGCUGGGAAAUCGGGGGGAGCUCAUUUGCUUGAGGCCUUAUGGGCUCCUGAUUCCCAGAACAGAUGCUCCUUCAAGCAGAGCUGUCUUGCACCCUGUGCCAGAGCCAGCCGUGCACGGGAACCUCAGACCACCAAUGGCCAACGUCUGUCCAGGGCAGCCCUGCAGGAGCAGGAAACGUGCCACCUGGAGCUUGCCCACCUUGCUGCUGGGAGUGGUCUUGGUUCUGUGCUGCUUCCCUCUUCCGUUUCUGGCUGGGGAAAGCACCCCCUGCCACCCUCACAGGGCUGCUGUGAGGAUCAGAGGAUGACAAAGGGGACAGAACUCUGGUCCGAUGUGAAGGAUUGGGUUGUCCUUUUAGGUCUGGAAGUGUCAACACCCCUGGGUGGAGCUGAGGGAAUUCAGGUGGGUAAAAGGCCUCUCUCGGGGUGGCAAGAAAGCAGAGGGGAAUGAGGAUGAGUGGGUGACCCUUUUGGCUCAGGGAGGAGACAGUAUGCCCCCAAAACAUUCCCCAACCACCUCUGGUUGUCCCCAGCUCCCUGUGCUCCCGUGGCUGCCUGGUGAGGCCACUCCUCCACCUGCAGAGCGGUGGCCUCUGAAGAUGGCUGUUGGGAGGAUGUGGGGGAAGUGCCCAUAUUGUUUGCUGAGCACAGGUGCUUGGCAGACAUUGGUGGUGCUGCUGUGUCAGGGCUCUUUCUGCCCUUAAUUUCUAGGCUGUAGACACAGGAGGAAGAACUUGCUGCUUUGCUUCUAGUCCUUUCCCCGGUCAUGCGCAUCAACACGGUGAUCUCCAGCCCCAGCAGGCUACCCCGAUGAGGGCCUGGCUCCUCUGAGCAGUGUUUGAGCUUCACGCGUCUCUUUAGUCCUGACCUGGAGUCAUGCACUUUCAUCCUUCCUGCUUCUCAGGCCAGGAGACUCUAUGACACUGGUGUUGACUUUACUCAGCUCCCCUCAGGGUUUAGGGCAGCCCCCAGAAGGCUCACGAAUCAAAUCCGAAGAGGAGCUAUGUGGAGAUUUGGGGGGGAAGGGGUGGAUUUAGGAGGUUGUGGGGGUCACAGAGGCUGGGACAGGAAGGGCCCUGGUCCUUAUGCUGUAGGAGGUGGGGCCAUCUCUCCCCCAGCUUUCUCCAUGACCCCCGGGAAAGUAGGGGAGGAAGCAUCUGCUACCAACAACUUGGCCACAGCUGGUUCAUUGGUUUGCUUUACUUAAGUCAAGUAUUUGGCAAACCUGUGUUAGUUGCAGACUCCUUCAAGGAAAGAUAUUUUAUAUGGAACCCCAACAUAUAAAGUCCAGUCCAUUUUGGAGGGCCUCACAUCCUCCUCCCCUCUGUUCCCCCUAACGGUUCAUUUUCAAAGGGCAGCCCAGGUAGGGCAGAACAGGGUCCAGGGUGGCUGGGGUUGGGGGUGACUAGGUGUGUUUAACACCCACCACCCACCUUGGGUGCUUGGUCCAGAUCUUCCUUCCUAAUACAAACAUCCAACAGAGGUUCUGAUUCCGAGGCUCUGCUUUUGCCAAUUAAGAGAACUGCGGGGAUGAACUUCCAGGCUUCUCGUUGAACUUGUUCUCUCCUGGAACCUGGGUGCCCUCAACACCGUCUUGGCCUGCAGUCUUGCUUCGUGGACCUGGCAGGCCUGUGCAUGCCUGUGACCAGACUGAUGCUCCUAACAGCUGCCCACCUGACAAGCUCCCCCCCACCAUGUCUGGCUUGCAAGGGGAAAGGGGACGAGUUGAGCUCAGAACCCUGACUGGGUCAGGCUUUGGAGUUGGCCAGGGUUCAAAUCUAACUGCUUUUGAGCUCAGCCUCCACCUCUACAGAACUGGGGUGAUAAAGAUGGCCGAGGCCAGCCAUUGAGGCUUGCCAAACGGGGCCUCCUCUCUUUCUACUCUCUUUCUAGAACUUCCUCAUUGACACGGGCCUACCACCAGCCUUCUUCCCAAGAAGAUUUUAUUAAACACACACUCAAAAUUCAUUCUUGGGUUUGCAAAUUCAAUCCAGCAAGUGGAGAGAACAGUGCUCGUGUGAAUGAGUGCUCAUCACCAUGCUCCCAGCACGGCCGGGGAGACCGUGGGGUGGACUUCACUUGCCUGGCGCCCUCCAGCAUCUCUCAUCUCAGCCUCUGGUCCACUAGAGGCCCCUGAUGGAACCAGAAUCGGUGCUGAAGCUCCUGAAGGCCUGGGAGGGUCCCACGUGACCCAGGCAUGACAUCGCUCCCCAUUGCAGCCAGAGGAUAUUCCAAGAAGACCAAGAAAGAAAGCCUGCCCUUGGGGUGGCUCCUAGAGGUCACGAGCUGUGUGCCAGCCUGGCAGCUCCUCAAACCCGUUAGAGCAGAACCUCGGGGCCAGCCCUUUAGUUCUCAAACGCUCACACAAAGCAGCAGCGGCCUCCAGCCUCUCAGACACUGAUGGUGCUCCCCAGGGUUACGGGGCCUCCAGAGACCCCCGUGGCCCAGUCAGACACCCCUGGGUAGACUGUGUCUGACCAUUCACAAUAGGAAAUGAGAAUCAGGUCAAAAUGCUAACAAUUUCCUGCAUGUUUCAGAUGGUUGUUUUCUUAAAUAGACCAUAUUUUAACUUGGUUUAUGGAAAUCAGUCAAUUUCAAGAUACAUCAAUUCAGCAAGGUAAAAAAAGAAAGAUAAAAGAAACAAUAACAAAACAUUUCAAUUUAA